AUGCUUGGGGCAUCAUCAAGUAGCGAAGAGGAAGACGAUUUUGUUGCGAAUGAUAAUGCUUCUGAAAUCACAUCAGGAGUUGGCGGUCAAUUUCGUACAAUCCAACAAAACCAUUUUAUUAACCAACAACAACAGCAAUAUCCUGGUGGCCUUCGUACAGCUAGUCCGGCAUUUAGAACAGAAUCUCCAGCCUCCUCAGACCAAUCCUCCUUUGCAACAAGUAUUAGAAGAAGUGAAAGCUCAAAUGUUGGGAGAAGAACGACUGGAGGUUCAACUCCACAACCCAAAGGUUCUUUUAGAGCAGGCGGCGUAAGUGCUUUGGGUAGACCUACAACACCUAGAAAGCAAGGAAGUUUCCGUUCAACACAUGGAAGGUCUGUACUUGGUGGGAGGGAAGGUUUUGGUGGUGGAGGAGGUGGGCCUGAUUCAGCUUAUUCUCCAGCAUUUGGACAUCAAAGUUCUCAAGAUUUGUUUACGGAUGAAGAGGAUUUGGGAGAAGGGGAAGAUGAUCCACAUAUUUUAAAUGGGGGUAGUGGAAUGCUUACUAAAGAAGAAGAGGAAAGGCUUAAAGCUGAGGAAGAAGAGGAAGACAGGAAAAGAUGCCUUCAACUUUAUGUGUUUGUAGCUAAAUGUAUAGCUUAUCACUUUAAUGCUAAACAACCUACUGAUAUGGCUAGAAGAAGGCUUAAAAUAACAAAAUCAGAAUUGUUAAGAAUAAAAGAUCGGUUUAACGGCUUCUUAAAAGGAGAUAUACAAAUUCCAGCAGACGAAGCAUUCACUAAAGCUAUAGAAUCUUAUUUUGAAGUUUUUCUAAAAUCAGAAAGAGUUGCUAAAGUAGUCCAAGCUGGGGGAUUUGCUGCAAAUGAUUUUAGAGAAGUUUUUAGAUGUAAUGUUGAAAGAAGGAUUAGAUCUUUGCCUGAAAUUGAUGGAUUGAGUAAAGAUACAGUUUUGGCUUCUUGGAUGGCCAAAUUCGAUUUAAUAAUGAAAUGUGAUGAUGAUACUGUACAGACAAAACAAAAUAGAGGUAGAUUGAGAGGGGCAAAUCAAGUUAUUGCAGACGUUAUAAUGAGUAAAGAACAACUUUAUGAUAUGUUUCAGCAAAUUUUAAAAGUUAAAAAAUUUGAGCAUCAAAUUAUUUAUAAUGCCCUUCAAUUGGAUAAUCCUGAUGAACAGGCUGCGGCCAUUCGAAGGGAGGUGGCAACAAGAGAAGAAACUUUGAGGGAUAUUCCAAGGUUAAAACGGGUAAUGCCUAAAUUCGUCGUAAAAGAUAUGGAUACACUUUUUAUUGACGAAGUUCGCCAGUCUAUUAAUUUGCUCAUCUCAAAUCUGGAGUCUGUGCCUGUAGCACCAAGGCAAACUUUGGGGAGAAAAAAGGAAAAGAAUAAAAGUUCUAGGUCUCGCAGCAUUGAGGAUCUUUCUCUCUUCAACAGUUUAAAAAGAAGAACAAGUGCAAUGAGUCUUAAUAAAAAUGGAGAGGGUGAUGAUGAAGUUCAUUUAAGUAAAAAUGAUGUAGUUGUUGUAAUGGAAGUUCAAGGACUAAAAUCUUUACAGCCAAAUCGAGUAGUUUAUUGUACAAUGGAAGUUGAUGGGUGUCCAAAACUUCAAACAGACCAUGCCGAAGCUUCUAAACCUUCAUGGGAUACUCAAGGAGAUUUUUGUACAAAACAUCCUUUGCCAACAAUUAAAGUUAAAUUAUAUGCCGAAGUAAAAAACAUUGUAGCUUUUGAAGACAAAGAACUUGGAAAAGUUGUAAUACAGCCAACACCUAAUUGCUCUAGACAACCUGAAUGGUAUAAAAUGACAGUUCCAAAAAAUAGUUCUGAUAAAAAUUUGGGAAUCAGAAUUGCAAUUCGUGUUGAAAAACCUCCAAAUUUAAAAACUUGUGGAUAUUGUUAUGGAAUUGGGAGAGUAGCUUGGAAAAAAUGGAAAAGACGGUUUUAUUGCCUUGUUCAAGUAUCACAAUAUGCCUUCGCUAUGUGCAGUUACCGUGAGAAAAAAUCUGAACCUACAGAAUUUGUCCAAUUAGAUGGGUUUACUAUAGAUUAUGUACCUGAACCAGAUCCUGAGCUUUACAAUCAAGGCGGAAAAUAUUUCUUUACGGCUAUCAGAGAAGGAGAUGAAUUAAAAUUUGCAACGGAUGAUGAGAAUGAAAGAAAUCUUUGGGUACAAGCUUUGUACCGCGCAACGGGACAAGCUUAUAAACCUGUGCCUCCAAAGCAAUCUGUAUUAGCCUCAAAAACACAGGGACUACAAGAUAAAGCUUCAAAACAUGGUUUGGAUGAAUUAAUCCAAGCAGAUCCAGUUCAAAUGGCUCAUGACCAUUUAUUUGCUAAAUUGCAGAGUAUGGCCUUAGAUUAUAGAUUAAAUGACCCAAUCUGUUCUUUGGGUUGGUUUUCUCCCGGUCAAGUUUUUGUAUUAGACGAGUAUUGUGCUAGAUAUAUGGUUAGAGGAUGUCAUAGACAUGUGUCUCUGUUAAAUGAUUUAUUAAAUAAAGCAGAUGAUGGGCAUUUAAUAGAGCCAACUUUAAUACAUUAUUCUUUUGCUUUUUGUGCUUCUCAUGUACAUGGAAAUAGACCAGAUGGUGUAGGUACAGUUACAUUAGAAGAAAAAGAACACUUUCAAGAAGUAAAAGAACGUUUAAAAGUUUUAUUAGAAAAACAAAUAACCAAUUUUCGUUAUUGUUUUCCUUUUGGAAGACCAGAAGGAGCACUUAAAGGAACACUUUCUUUGUUAGAAAGGGUUUUAAUGAAAGAUGUUGUUUCUCCUGUUCCUCCUGAAGAAGUUCGUUCAGUAAUUAAAAAAUGUUUGGAAGAAGCAGCAUUAAUUAAUUAUACAAGAAUUUGUAAUGAAGCUAAAAUUGAACAAAGAAUGGGUGUUGAUAUAAGUCCACAGCAAAGAAUAGAAGAUAUGAUUAGAAUAACUGAAUUGUGUAUAGACUUGCUCAAAGAAAAUGAAGAACAUCAUGGAGAGGCUUUUGCCUGGUUCUCUGACCUUUUGGUUGACCAUUCAGAAAUAUUUUGGACUUUAUAUUCUGUUGAUUUGGAUGCUGCUUUAAAAAUGCAACCACCCGAUUCUUGGGAUGCUUUCCCCCUUUUUCAAUUGCUCAACGAUUAUUUAUGUACAGAUACAAAUUUAAGAAUGGGACCUUUUCAUAGAAAUUUGGUAGAACAAUUCGAGCCGAUGGUCAAACAUUAUAUUAAUUUAAUGGAGAAUAGUAUUGCUUCUUCUAUUGAUAAAAACUUUCAAAGAGAAAGAUGGGAAGUUAGAAAAGAUGGUUGUUCAACAUCAGAAGAUAUUUAUUGGAAACUUGAUGCCUUACAUGGUUUUAUCCAAGAUUUGAAUUGGCCAGCAGAAAUAUUUGCAAUGGAGUUACAGGGAAGAAUGAGAAGUUUAUCAUCUGAAAUGAUUUCACGUUGUGCUUGUUGCACUUAUCAAUGUUUUGACCAAUUUAUGCAAAGAGUAAAGAAAUCUUUAGAUUGGAUUUUACCUUCAGAAGUUUGUGUUAUGGUUAACGUUGUUUUUGCUUCUAAAGCCAGAGCUGCUAAAUUAAAUGGGGGUGAACAUGCUCUUUUUGCAUUAGACGAUACUCUUGAUACAAUGUUGGCAGAUAUGGGGACAAUAAUUGAAGAAAAAUUGCUUUCAAUUCUUGAAUUUACUCUUUCAAGAUUGGCUAGAUAUGAUGAGGGUAAUCCAAUUGGUGCAUUAUUGUCAAUGGCCCCAAAACCAAAUACAAUAUUUAAUAAAAUGAGAAAUUUGGUUGGAGAAGGUUCUUCCCCAACUAAUCAGCCACAACAACAUUCACUUCCCUUAAAUCAACAAAAUUUAAAUCAAAAUAAUUCUGCUGGGGGUGCUUCCUCUGCACAUUUGGGGCAAUCUUAUGUACAUUUUAUGCGUGGAUCUUCUGAACAAAUUCAACAAGUAGUUGCUGAUGAAGUUUGGGUUAAUAGAUUAUUACAGGAAUGGUAUGCCGGGCAAAUGCGAAUGUUAAAUGAAUGGUUAACAGAAAGACUUCAACAAUCAUUAUCUCCCUAUCAAUUAACAUGCCUCUCCUUCAUGUUUAAAAAAAUUUACUCAGAUUUUGAAUUACAUGGAAUAGAUGAAGAACAAUUAAAUAGUAAAAUAUAUCAAUCAGUCCAACGUCGCCUUCAAUUAGAAGAAACAAAUUCAGCUUUAAAUGAAUCUUCUAAUCGAAUCCACCACUCUUCUGGACCUGGAAGGGGGGCACUUGGAGGGUUUACAAAUCAAUUGGGACAGUCUGCUUUAUUAAGUAGUUCAGCUGCUUCCCAAGCUGUUUCAAUGGUGGAAGGUGCUAGUGCUAAAUUGUUUACAAUGUUUAAAUAA